AUGUGUAGACAACAGUGGUUCUCGUUCCUUUCAGCUUUGCCGCUAAUUUACUGUUGUCUCGGAGCCAGUACAGCGAGCAUUGCGGGUAACGAUGACUACAGUAUGAACUAUUUUCCGUCGAACUGCAAUGAAGCAGUACAUUUGGCGGGGAGCAAGGCUGAAAGUGGUAUAUAUACGUUCUAUGUGUACUGUUUGCUGGAUCCAUUGGGUGGAGAGGCUUGGACAGUAAUACAACGCCGGCAGGACGAUUCCAUACAAUUUUAUCGUGGCUGGGAGGAGUAUAAGAACGGCUUUGGCAACUUAAAUACAAAUUUCUUUAUUGGUCUCGAUAAAUUGCACGCGCUAACGGCUUCACAGUUGCACGAAUUAUGGAUCGAGUUGAGGGAUUUCGAUGGUGUGGAUAAACAUGCCAUUUACGACAGUAUUGCCAUUGCCGACGAAAGCCAAAAAUAUGCAUUGAGUAUUUUAGGCGCGUAUUUGGGCACAUCAGGGGACGCCUUGACUGGCAUACACGAUGGCGCUAAGUUCAGCACAGUCGAUCAGGAUAAUAGCGACCGUGGUAUCAAUUGCGCAGAGAAAUAUAAAGGCGGUUGGUGGUAUGGUAGGCAUUCUUGCCACAAAAGCAACUUAAAUGGACUCUAUCUUAAUGGCUCCACUGAAUCCUAUGCUGACGGUAUAGUGUGGUCGAAUUGGCGUGGACUCAACUAUUCGCUGAAAUACGUGCAUAUGGCAAUUAGACCAAAAGAUCUGCGUAUCGGCAAUAGAUUAGUAAACUAAUAUUAUA